AGCAACCCGCUCGGAGGAGCCUGGGCUCUCCCUCCCACAAUGCAUCAUCGCUGCAAGCACAGCACUGCCAUGUUUGUACCCUGACCGUGGCUGGGAAUCGUUGCCGCAUAGGAAGUGUUGCCUUGUCAUUUUCAGGCUAAAUACCGUCGUAAUGGUGAAACACUGAAGAUUAAAUGCACCCUUAAGUUUUGUAGCCAGAGUCGAAGCGGGACGCGCCUUGCACCAUGUCAGCCAACGCUCAGGACUAUGACUUUGAUGAAUAUGACAAACCCGGUGCUGAGAGGUCACGCAGGAGGAGAGGUGAAGAUGAUGAUCUAGAGAGUGAUUUGGAAGAGGAUUUGUUGGAGGAGGAUUGGCUGUCGGGUAAAAAGAAUCCCUCAGAGGUGUCAGAUGAAGAGCUCAAUGAUGACCUUCUUCAAAGUGAUGAUGAAGAUGUAAAUAUGAGCGGUCAGGAUGUGUGCCUCAAUGCCACAUACAGCUUGGGCACAUCCUAUGGCCAGCAGGACAACUCGCAGGAAGCAGACUACACAGAUGACGUCGUGAACCUGGGCGCAGAGGGCUGUGAAGGAGGGGGUGAGGAGGGGUACCAGCAAGAGGAGUACACAGAGGAAUACAGCCAGGACGACAACGCAGAGAUGCCUGUAGACCAGAUGGAUUACAGUGAAGAGCAGGCUGAGGGUGACGAUGGCUUCCAGGACGAAGUGCUAGACAUCCAAAUCAAUGAGCCCAUAGAUGGUGAAUUUCAAGAUGAUGAUGAUUAUCAAACCUCCUAUGAUGAUCAGCCUGUGGAUGGACAUGGAGUCCAACAGGAAGAGGCCCCUGUGGAGGAAGAGGAGGAGGCUGUAGGGGGAGAAGAGCAGCAGGAAGAGGAGGAGGAAGACACAGCCGAGGGCUCUCAGGUCUUUGACACAGAGGAGGUCGAAAACGAAGCUGUGCCUGAAGAAACAAAGGAGGAAUCCGAUGAGGAGGAUGAAGACGAUGAAGAGUCUGGUCGCAUACGGUUCAAAUCGGAGAGAAAGGAUGGUGCUGUUGUUCGGUUGGCUGACGCGAGUAAAAGGAGAAAUAUCCCUGAAACUCUAGAACUGUCUGAGAAGGCCAAGCAAGAUCUUAUGGAGUUUGAAGAACAAGAGCGACAAAAGAGACAAAACCGUUAUGGAGGCCGAGGCAGAGGAGGAGGAGGCGGUGGUGGAGGAGGAGGAGGAGCCGGUGGAGGGCGAGGAGGCAGAGGAAGAGGAGGCUUUCCACCUUUUGGAAUGACCGACUUUAGAGGAAACAGAGGAAGAAUGCAUGACCACAGGCCCCCACUGAUGGGAAACAUGGGCAUGCUGCAGCCAUCCUCCCGAAUGCCUCCGCCUCAUCAGCUUCAUCAGCAGCAACUGCAGUCCCAGCAGCACCAUCCUUCACGUCCGAGAGGACCUCCUCCUUUCCAAGAGCAUGGGCGCCCGCUGGCCCAGCAGCCUCUUCAGCCCCUCAUCCCCCCGCACAUGGCUCACCGCUCCCCGCCGUUACGGCCCCAGAUGGAGCCGCCACCACGAAUGAUGAGCUCCCCGCCACCUAACUUCCCCCAGCAUCACCAGCAGCAGCCUCCACAGCCCAAAAACAUCCACAUUAACCCCCAUUUCAGAGGACCCACGUCAUCCUCUGUUCAAGUGCCCUUGAUGCCUCCUGCUCAGAGCCAGCCCAGACCUGCUGUGGGUCCUCAGAGGUUCCCAGGACCGGGAGACUUCCAGCAGCACAUGUCUGGUAAUUUUGGUCAGCCCCAGCGGCCCCCUCAUCACAUGGAGCCCUUUAGGAACCAGCCACCUCAAGGCCCCCAAGACAGAGAGCCGCUCUUUAUGGGAGAGCGCACAGAGUCAACACGGUUUCCAGGGCAGCACAUGUUUGAUCACCAGGGCCCCACCCCUCUGAUGAACAACAGCCACAACCUCCACCACCAGCAGCAGCUGCCCGGCCAGGGCCACAUGGGCUUCGGCCCACCAGGGCCAGCCUUUAACCAGCCGGGCCAGGGUCCACUUGGGCUUUUUCAGAGAGAACCCCCAAGACCAAACCUCCCUCCCCACCAAGGCCACCAGGGGAUGGUCGGCUUGAAUCAGCAAGGCGGCCCCCCAAACCAGCCCCGACCCUUCAUGGGCCCUCGUCAGCCGUUCGGCCAGCAGGGGAACCUUUUCCCCCCUCCACAAGUCCAGUUUGGGAUGCAGGUACGACUAAGAGGCUUAAUGCACGGCCCUCCUGUCUCCCAGCUUCCACACCACGACCCCAUGCAAUCCCAUCAGCCCGUGCACCAGCACCAGCAACAUCAUAGGCAAGAGUUAUCCCAUCAUCAGCAGCAGCAGCUAAAUGUCAAUGAGCCUCGCUCAAUGAUGCACCAUGGCCAGAAUCUCUUCCACCAACAGCAGGUGCAUGGCAGCCCGAGACAGAUGAGUCCCCGCCCUCAGAACCCCCAACAGCGAAACAUGUCCAACAGACAGAGGAUGAACACACCUAUCUCCAAGCAAAUGCAGCAGCGCAACAGCAACCUACGGGAGCUCCCUGUAGCACCUGGCAACACAAACAUGAACAGUGCCCGCCCCGCCUCCAACGUUAGGCCUGUUGCCAAGGCAACGCAGGGGGUGCGUCCCGGGCAGAGCUCUCAGGCGGUGCCUGCUGGUGGCAGAGGAAGAGGCCAAGUUUCUGCCAAGACUGAAACACAGCCUGGGGGAGAGGUCAGGACAGUGGUCCGCAAAGAAAUCCCGAGCACACCGUCCAGCACGGCACCACAGAACCCGGAUGAAGAUGAGGAGACACGGCAGUACCGUCUGAAGAUUGAGGAGCAGAAGCGUCUGAGAGAGGAGAUCCUGAAGAGAAAGGAGAUGCGACGGCAGAUGCAGGCUGGUGUCAGAAAGAAGGAGCUGCUGGACAGGCUCAAUUGCCAGACAAACACGACGAGCCCAAGCCCAGCUCCUUCACAGAUUCAACCCUUACAGCAGAUUCAGCAAACACCACACCCUGUACAGCAACAACCUCCACCACCACCCCAACAGCAGCAGCAGCAGCAGCAGCAGCAACAACAGCAACAACAGCAAAAACAGCUACAACCACAACAGUUGAGACCGUUUCCUCAGAGAACACCGCAGUCAUUAAAUCAGUCACUAAAGAAUCCUAAUCAAGGCACCCCCAUCCCUCCCAAUGGCAGUGCGCAGACUCCUACGCCACGUCCCAAUGUCAAGACACGCCUGCAGAUGGCGAAAGGUAGCACCCAGCAGCAACAGGCCCCUGGGCCUGGUCCAGACCAGCAGUGGAAACGGCCCCAACCAAAUCCACAGCAGCUGCUACAACAGCGAAGGAACAGUGCUGGACAGAACAUAAACAGGCCUGCUGCUCAGAUCCAGUCCAAUCAGGUCCCCCCAAAGAAUAUACCUGUAUCUCCCUCUGUGGGCCCUGGUCCGGCUCAGGCUCAGCCACAGCCACAGCCUCAGACUCAAGGACCUAAACCUGGGGCUAAAAGAACUGUGAUGCAGCGGGCCAGGAAUUCUAGUUUCGAAGGACAGCAGGUGCCACAAAAAGUCAGAGUCGUCAAACUUUCAGGAGCGGGUGUGGACGACCCAGCGCAGCAAGAAGACAACUGGUCGGCUUCCCCGAUCAACCAGGUCGUCCAAAGGAAGGUCACCAUGACAGGACAGCAGCAACAGGCACCAGGCGGAACACCGCAGGCUGGCCGAGGGGCCAUUGGCAACCCACAGCAAAACAGGGUUGUCGUGUCGGGCCGGGGGCGAGCGAGAGGGGGUGGUCAGAUGGGUCGAGGUCGUCCGGUGUCCACCAGAGCGAGCCAAAAAGGUGCAGAGAUCGAACGCUGUACUGUGUCCAUAGAGGGCCUCUCCUCAUCCACAACUGACACUCAACUGAAGAACCUUCUCAGGUCCAUCGGCCCCAUAGAGAUGUUCAAAAUGAUGCCCCAGCAGAGGAAAGCAGUCGCCAAAUUUUCCAGUGCCCAGCAUGCAUCAAGUUUUCAGAUGAGUUUCCAUAGGCACAUGAUUGAUUUGUCCCACAUUGAUGUAUCGCUGAUUGAUGGAUGAGGAGCACAAUAAGAGCCAGGAGGUCUUGUUGCAAGAGGUCACUUUGUCCCAACGAGGGAGCUCCAACCUGGCACAGUUCUUCCACCCUACUGGGGAUCACUCACACAGUCGACGUCUGCACAGCAUCAUUUAUCUCCAAUCAACAGUGAACAGUCGGAACAGUGAACAUUACAGCAUUGGCUGCGAGCAUGCCAUUGUUCGACUUUGUCUACCAAUUGUCCAUUGUUGUAAAAUGGCACUGGAGAGACACUGGACAGUAAAUCCUACUUUGAUGUAGUGGAGAAUGUUUUAAGCAUCUUACACGGACACUAAGUAGAACGUAUUAUAGGAUAAUGGUUGCUCCCCCCUCUCAUACAGAUUUACUUAAAAUGUAUAGUUCUGAUGUGACCACUUAAUUGUAGUAUUUUAUUUUUUUGUGGCCUGCUGUUUGGUUUGGAUUUAGGAUGCCAUUGUGGCCGGACUUACUCACAUCCAGUAGCAGUGUUUAUUUCCCCCUGUAGAUGGCAGUAUUUCAUCAGUAAUGGUGCUUCAGUUUAGUCCGACUCAGCCAGCAUUCAGGUACAGAUGACUUUCCAAGCAGUUUUUGGGUGAAUGGCACUACCUAGUGGAGAACUUGCAUAAAGGCACAGAGGUGGAUGAUUUUAACGUUUGACACAUAGCAGUGACUGGGAGCAAUUUGGCAAAAGAUUGAUAAAACAUUUUUUCUAAAUUCCCAGUGGUUAAGGGAUUUGUAAUUGUUGUUACUCUGAUGUAGAUUUCGUGGUACUUUGUGCUGGGACAGAUUGUUCGGAUCAUCUCUCGUUCAGGGCGGUCAGUUUGGUAAUUUGGCGUUGCUCGUUGGUCUGACUGUUCGGAGGUCUUUUAACUGUUAAUAAUCUGUAUUUUAGUUGUAUUUAUGAUUAUGGAGUAGUUAGAUUUAGGUUUCUAAACCGGCUUGAGUGUACUUGAGGGAAUGCGUCUUUUUUUGGGGAUUUUUAUGAUGACAAUUUAAAUGUAUACUGUUGGUCGAUUUAAAGUACAUAGGAGAGAAUUGCUCACAAUUCAGGAUGCACACAUUUAAUUAAUUCUUUGCUUGGAUAUACAUUAAGUUAACUUCGCUCCAGUGUAAUUGUUCAGAACCUGCGUGACUUGAGGCUGUUGAUUUGGUGCCUUAUCACUGAGCUUCAUACCUUGUAGAGCACUUUGAACGGUUUGACUUUAUCACUGAGAUGGUAAUGUUGAUGCAGUACAGCAGAAAGGGGUCGAUUAUUUCUCUGUAAUACUUUCCCCAUACAUUGAAUUACCCUCGUUAAAAUUCUCUCUAAAUUCUACGCUCUUACUCAUAUUGAUAUCGGCCUAAGAUGAGAUGCAGUUCUUCAGAUGUGUGAGAAAUUGUUGGACAAUCUCCAAUGCAUCGCUUUGUUUUACUUUAUGUUCUCUGAGCAUGCACCCUUCUUUGGGGAGCGCAACCACAUCACUGAAACCUUAAAUUCUCUAAACACUUAACUUCCGCAUCAUUAAUAACCUAAACAUAGCAAGUCAGGCUCAUUUACUUUUCCAUAAUUCCAUAAUCGUUUCCUUCAUCACACAACAUUUCUGUCUGUUCUGUGUUCUAAUUUCCUGAAACCAAAGCAGUUCUUUUAAAUAUUCAGAUCGUUAUGCGUGUUCAGUAAUAACUGAAGUUCAGAUGUGAAUGUCAUGUACAUUAUUUUCAGGAAUGUGACAUAGGAAGCUGAGGGGGCAACCAUUAUCUAUGUAGUGAUCAUGUACAUAAGUAGACUUGAACUUUCUCUCAAUAUUUAUCCUGUAAAUUUUUUUUCUUUGUUUUUUUAGUUAUCCUUUACUUGCGUUGUAUCAAGUUAAUCAUUUUUAGAUGUAAAGAUAAAUGCUGAUGUGUCCAGACAUAAAUCAUUUUACAAGUGUUUUUGUUUCUAAUUUGGAGCCAAAAUGAAGAAUGACUGGACCACGUUUCUGUUUAUAAGACAUUUGACAAAAAGUUUAAAGGGGAAAACAAGAAAAUAAAAAAGUGGCCAAUAUACCGUGAGCAUGCAGGUAUGUGAAGCCGGUUAAACUUUAGCCCAAAGAUGUGUGGUUGUGUGUGAUGUUCCAUGUGUCUGGUGCCUUUUUAAGAUGAAUUAUAUUUAUUUGUGCUGCAUUUAUUAAUUUAUACGUAUUCUGAGAGUUCUUGGGUAUUCAACUUAUCAGAUAUAUUUUUAAAAGACAUUUUUUAAUGCCUUCUAUGGCAAGAAAUACUACCUCGUAGAGAUGCCACUGAAUUAUGGCAUUGAAAUUAUUUGCUUUACAAGCAGAAACAUGAGAAGUUUUGUCCUGUCACUUUAACUGUGAUGUCAUACUAAUGUUCAGCUCCACACAACCCGGACAUAAAGCAAAUGUCGCAGCUUGUUAAAUGCUUUCACUGGAUUUUUUUCGAUUGGAAUAAGCCAUAAUGAAUGUAAUUUGGAAGGUAAACAUGUAAAUGGUAAAUCAGCUCCUGGCUGUGCAUCUGGAUGACAUCACAGAUUAAGUUCAUUCGACAUGAGAAGAGUUGUUCACACUUCUAAGUAAUUAUUGGCCUCUGUGUUUGACCGCAUGUGUGAAUCAGUUUCAUACAUUUAGUGGUAUUUUCCUUAAAUUAAUCAUUACUUGAAAUAACUCAAAACCCACAGAGCUUUUAAAAGAAGCUGCACAUGCGUGAUUCUUUCCAGUAAAAGUCACUAUAUCUCGACAAGCUUCGAGACAAACAAGCUGAAAAUGUCUAAAAACCUAAAAUUCCUUCUUAAGUCCUGUAAAACUUGAGGUUUCGUGGUUUCAGUUCCUGUUUGUAUGUUGUACAGUUGUUCUAAACUGACUUCUUUAUGUUUUUAUUCCUUUUGUUUUUAGUUGAACUGAUGUUGAACUGAUGUUGAAAGGUUUUUGUUUCCUAACAAUGUGUAUUUAAUGUCUUUCAUGCUUGUGGGUUACACUUGACUUUUAGUCAUGUGGUAAAUCCUGUGGAUUUGAAAAAAUAUCGGCAAUGCCGGUGAUUGGUAUAUAAAUAUGAGACAUCUGUUCUUGUAACGGCAGAACAGAUUCAUAUUGAAUCUAUUUGUAACUUAAUUUUAAGGAUUUUGUACACAUUUUGUACCUUUUGAACUUUUAGAUAUGCUGUUAUAUUUCUCAAAAGUAAUUUAUUUGAGGAACAUGGUGCUUUUUUGUUUUGUUUUUACAAUAGCUCAUUUUCUCAUAGUUGCAUUAAGAUCUAGAUGAUUGACUUAGGAAAGGCUCAUAUGUGACAUUUCCAUGGGGCUUUCUUCAUUACUGCUGAUAAUGACAAGUGUCAAAGUCUAUAUGAGCUUUGGGUCUAGAUGGGUCAGGUUUUACACAACACUAACUUUUUUCCAACAGGUCCAUUUUGCAGACUGGCUGAAAUAAUCAUUUAAUUCUUUCCCUUUCUUCAGGUGUCAUCGCGUCAGCAGAUCAGUGACUGGCCUCACUGUGGCUGCUAGCCUUAAAGGCAGAGUUAAGGGGCCAUACCAAAGGUUCAGCAUGCUUUAACAAAAUCAACAAAUUGGAUUAUAAAUGGGUUAUAAUUUGCUUCUGAACACUUUUCCCAACUUAAAGGCAGCUAUUGUUUGUAGUUGUCGCUAUCACAAUGUAAAAUUCCUUGGCACUGGACUAUUAGUUGACUUUACGUUAUGUUAACGUUUUGUUACUGUUGCAUGAUGAGGCAGUAGAUGUUAUUGGUUGUCUGUAGAUGCAAUUAGGUUCCUAAGCAAAACUCCAACAUCUGAAAUUUGAGGUGGGGAACUUAUAGUUGGUCCCUCUCAUGUAAUAAUAAUUAAAGGUUAUUUGAAAUCACUUGCUGCUGUCUUUUAAGCGACAAAUGUAACUUCCUGGAGAAAUACAGUUGAUUUUUACUUCCUAAAUACAGUCGUUUUUAGGUCGGACGAAACGCAGAGCAUCAAUAUUUGAUGACUUGUGGAUGAGACUCAACAAUCAACCAUCUUUCUCCAGGAAGUUAGAUUUGUUUUCCUUUUUAAAGACAUUUCCUGUUUUCUUGAACGCAUUUCUGUUCUGCUGGUAUGAGAAAUAAUUCAUUUUACAACAUGUUUCAUCACACGUCAGUCAAAUCAAAAGUUUUUAAUGGGGUUUAUAUAUUUACCUUUUCGUAAGCGACCCAUAAGAUACCGAUUGUAAUCUCCAGGUUUUCUUUGAUUUGUUCAAUUAAGAAUUGCACCUUGCUUAUUUAAGUUCACUUUUACACCUGAUGGAAUAUUCUUUCAAUACCCGCAGAAAGCAAAUUGUUAAAUUAUCUCCAGUUACUUUUAUUUGCUUUGUAUGAUCUUGAUGGAAACUGACGGCUUUAAAAAAAAAGACUGAAAAAACAAGUAUUGAUUACAUGAGAGGUAUAAACGAGUUAAGCUAAAGCAUGUUGAACCGUUGGCAUGGUCUCCCACUUGAGGUGCUCCUGGUUUUAACACACUGGGCGGUUUGAGGUUGUAGUUGUUUUUUUUUGGGUUGCACUAAUGAGAGAUCACAAAAACAGAAUGACCUCUAGUAUUAACACACUUUUUCAACAGCAAACUGAUGAGAGGAGCCGUGACGAGCCCCGAUCCCGCUGUGUCACUUUUCCUGCCUUAACUCACUCACUUACUAAACACUCCAGGUUCUCUUACAGCCGUGCAGCGUCCAGCCUCCGAUUGAAGACUUUACUUCCCUCACUAAAUAGAUGUUGCUGCGUUCAGGGUCACAUUUCCUUCCAUUACUGCUGCUUUUCCCGCCAUUGGUGUUUCUCCAGCUUACGUAUAUUUUCCAGUUGCUCAUCUUUUCCUUGAUGCUGCCGUUGUUGAGUGAACUUAAGACUUCUGUAUCAAGCAGGGUGGCCUACCUGGAUUACCAUUGUUUGUUAGCCCAGUGGAUGGAGGUUUCCAUCUCUGUGACGACAGCCGGGUUCACAGAGCAGACUCGUAACUCUAAAAGCCGCUUUAUGGCUUUCACUGCACCAAAGGUCAUCCCAGCUUCUUGACAUGAAUUGUUUGGUUGGAUUUUGAAAAAAAGACUACAGUUGGUUUCCUCAUCUCGAACUGUACGGUGCACCAAAUGAUGACUGAAAAUCCAACCUUGGGUUUUGACUGAAACUGUUGACAAUCCAUCCUGUCAUGUGUUUUCACACUUUGAUGUAUCACAUGAAGUUAAUCAUGUUUUAUGUUGGGAAAACUCUAAAAUCACUGUGAAAUCUGUUGUAAUACUGUAAACGAUGUGAUUAUCUCAAGAGAGUGAAUGUCUUUCAAGAAAGUGGAUCAUUCUUGAAGAGCCAAAGUGUUAUAUUUUAAACCAGCAAAUCAAGAAAAAUAAACUUUUUGAUGAACACAG